GGGCGGCCGGAGCUGAGCAUCACAUCUCGUGUUCCCGAGACAUUGCUGCUAAAACCGUUUGCGUGCGUGGGGAUUACGAGGAGGGGCUUGAUAAUGUGGUUGACGGCUUUGAGAGGCACCAACCAGACCUGAGAGGGAUUUUCCACUAGAAGGCGAUCGACAACCGCAAACGGAGCAUGCAUGGGGGAAAAAAAAUCUGCGGGCGGUGCCUUGUGACGUCUAGCGGGCGAUCGCAUUGGAUAUUGCCAAGACCUCGUAUUCCCGGCCUCUCUCGCACCGUCGACAGCUGCAGCCGUUUUUGGGGGCGCCGCUGUCCCCCUCGUGUCACCCGAUGCAGGCACUUUGGGAGCAUCCCACCACAAUCACCCGCCGCCUGCUGCCUGUGUUGAUGGCCACAUAGCAGACACACACCACGCACACGCGCCCUGGCCGAAGGGGGCCUUCACCGCCCAAACCCCGAAAUGUCGUGCAUCCAGUACUCAUCGUCACGACCUCGGCUCUCUCUCGUCCCCUUCUGCCGUGCGCCGGUGUUUCCUCCUUUGCGCUUGCCGUCACGUCACGCCUGGGGGCCUAUUUUGUGCGAAUGCCCGGGUGAGGCCGUGCCUCGGCAGAGUUUCCCGCGCGCGCGGCUUGUGUCUCGGGCUGCUGGCGGCUCUAUUUUUAGCAUUCCAUUCCAUUGCCGCGCCUUCGUUUGUUGGCCUGCCUCGGCCCCGCUAGCCACCCUCCGUACCACGGCGGCCGGCACUCUCCUUGUCGGGGUAGGUUACCCUACCUAGUCUCUAGGCGGGAGAAAAAGCUUGAUCGAUGUGCUUUGCCCGGUGCUCAGCGUGAGCUCCCGGCUCGGGGACCUGACCGCCAUUCGCGAUGGCUGCACAACGAGAAGCGAGCACGAGAGAUGAAUCACACACCGCCGCGACUGUCUUGGAGGCCGCGCCGGAGAAGACUGCCGGCACGUAUUUGUCGCGGCCAUGGUGACGGCUUGCCUCACCGGCUAGCAAGAAUUCCAUGGCAGCUUCCGGUGCUGUGUGGCUGGGUGCUGCUAGUGACAACACGAUUCUUAUCCCGUCCGAGGUUUGGCAAACAAAGCCCGUGUCCAAAAACGCGGAUUCGCCAAAGGUUCGCCAAAGGAUUUCCCCCCAAAAACUCACCACCCUGUAUUUGCCGUGACACUGGGCCUCGCAGACGGCGCCUGGCCUCUCAGCUCGAGAUCAAUGAGUAACUCCACCCGCGCAUGCGGGGGCUUCGAAUAAAGGCUUCGAGUGAGUUAAAGGAGACAAGAAACAGGCAUCUCGGUGUGCGUCUGGUCGAUAUUCCCUUUCAACGUGCACGGCGGCUGUCCACCGCCGUGGCCGGAAAAUGUCCUACCCGGCAAGGCAACCUUCGGCGUGGGGCCGGCCUGCCAAGAGGCGCUUUCUGGGGGUAGCUCCCCACUCCCAACCCCGACCUGCGUGCCUGCCAGGCCCUGGAUCGCGGCAGAUGUCCUGCCGGCCGGCAUUCUCACCGGGUCGGCAAGGACGAGGACGAAUAAAACCGUGCCGAUGGCGCUAUCCAAACGGCGUUGCGAAUGUCCGAGUCGGCACCUUGGUCGAUCGCCAGCAAGUAAGUCGUGAAGAGAUUUUCCCGGGCUUACCAACAUAAGACGCCUCCAAGAUGCCGCCACUCCUAGCCUGGGGCGUUUACAGCCUCUGCAUCUCGACAUGCCUGGGAAUUCCCCUGACAACGCCGGGACAGCCCCAACCGCCGCGCCCGGCGUUUGACUCCUUGCCCCUGAACGCGGGAGAUCCCAAGGCAUCCGCUUGGGGACUCUGGGGAAAGGAUGACGAGCUCGGGGCGUUGAACCUGCUCACUCCCGAGGUCAUCCAAAAGGCCGCCGCUGAGGCGGUCGACGGCGUCACCGUGCCGCUAAACCUGGCUCUGGAUGGCUUCGUCAAGCCCAUGAACCCUGCACGCAAGCCACUUGUACACCGCAUCAAUCCUAAAGGCUAUGCGAACGAUGAUGAGCUGGACAUGAACACGCAAGGCUCCAGCCACUGGGACGGUCUGAGACAUUACCCGUACCAAGAUACGCUGCGGUUCUACAACGGCGUGACGCAGGCCUCGAUAACUGGCGACCAGGCAACCACCAAGAUAGGAGUUCAAAACAUCGCCAUCAAAACCAUAACAGGCCGCGGCGUCCUCCUCGACUGGUGGUCCUACGCCCAACGCAACAACAUCUCGGUCGACCACUUCGCCAUCCACGCCAUCCCGCUCUCGCAGCUCCUCGAGGUGGCGGCGGAGCAGGAGGUCGAGUUCCGCACGGGCGACAUCCUCUUCGUCCGCACUGGCUGGAUGCCGGCCUACCACAAGCUGAGCAUCGAGCAGCGCGCCGCCCUGCCCUCUCGCGCCGUGCGCGCCUCCAUCGGCGUCGAGGCGAGCGGGGAGGCGAUCCGGUGGCACUGGGAGCGCGCCUUCGCGGCCGUGGCCGGCGACGCCAUGGCCUACGAGGCCUGGCCCAGCCCCAAGCCCUGGGGCGUCAGCAUGCACGAGGUCUUCCUCAGCGGCUGGGGCAUGCCCAUCGGCGAGAGCUUCGAUCUCGAGGCGCUCGCCGCGGCCUGCGCCGAGAGGCGGAGGUGGAGCUUCUUCUUGGUCAGCGUGCCGCUGAACCUGCCGGCCGGCGUGGCCAGCCCUCCGAACGCCGUUGCGAUUUUCUAACGAGGCCCUGUCUGGAUGGCGGCCGUUUUUCGGGAGAAGAGUGGGGGGUGCAGCUCUACUAGAGUGUCGAUACUUGAUGUUUACACAAGUGUUUAGUAGGACGUCACUUCUGGGCAAUGAACGAACGGGGCGGAAGCCUCAACCAAAAUCCAGUGCUAUUUCUUCGGGCGUGACCCCGCAUCCAGUG